UUCUUGUUGCAUCUAGAAGAGGUGGGCGUCUGCAGGAGGACGGGGAAGCCAAAUAGUCCCCCCCUGAGGUCCCCCCCUUGUCCCUCGCUCGUUCCUGGGCGCCCGGCUGACGCGCUGGUGCGGCCAGGUGGGGGCCAGCCGCGGGAUCCUUGAGAUGUUCCUGCCGCGCCCCCGGCGGGAGGCGGGCGCAGGAGAUGGCCGAGAAGGCUCUGGCGGGGCUCGGCGAGGCGGCCAGGGCGGCCAAGCUGAAGUCCGUCAGGCAGAGCAUCCUCCACAGGCUGCGCUUCCAGGAGCCCCCUGCAGGCAUUGGGCGCCCUGGGAGGCCCGCUUUUGUCUCCGAGGCCCGAGGGACCGAGCUCCGAGGCUUGGCCUCGGAGGUCGCCCAGUGCCAGUCUGUCGCGGCGGCCUGGCACCUUGGCACCAUGUUCUCGUGCGGCUGUCUGAUUGGUCUGGGCUCUCUCCCAGACAGCCGCUGUACCCUGAUGCAGCCGGAGCCUGGGGAGAGCAAGCGGUACCGGGGGUCACUCAUGCCGUCUGGACUCGUGUGCAUAACGGUCUGCGCCUGGAGCGAGGACGGCGUGGAGCUCUUCGGGGACGAGCGGUGGUACCUGGACGCGGGGCUGCUGUUGGCGCAGCGCGCCCAGGUGGCCGCCGCGCACGCCGAGCAGAAGAUCCUGGUCGGCCCUCCCGCCGAUGAGAUCAGGCGCAUCUGCCCCGGCGGCGGCCGCGUCCUGGGCGCGGGGGCGGUGCUCCGGCUCGGGGGGUCGCACCACGGAGGCUACGGCGAGGCGGACAUCGCCUACACCUACCGCCAGCUCUCGCGCGCGCUGCACCCGGAUAAGAACCCCACGGUUCCCGAGGCCCCGGACGCCUUCCGGCGCCUGCGCGAGGCCGCGCCUGGCUUCGUCGUGUGCACGGGCUGCCGCUACCGCUGGAACUUCCGCAAAAACGCGAAGUGCUGGCAGUGCGGGAUCGGGCUGGAGCUGGCGCCCUCGAAGCCUUCGCCCCGCGGCGGGGUCUGGGCGGACGGCGGCGGCGGCGGCUCCCAACUCGCACAUCGUGGAGGCGGCGGCGGAGGCCCACCGAAGGAUGGCGCCAAUGGCGGCAAGGGCGGCAAGGGCCGCGGUGCAGCCUCCCGUGGCGGCGGCGGCGGUGGCGCGGGCGACCGUGGCGGAGGCGGCUUCCCGAAGGCCCCCUGGUCGGCCCUGCCCGAGAGCGAGCUCGACACGCUCCUCGCCUGUGGGGACCCCGCCAUCGCGGCCAGGCUGCAGGAGGCGGUCCGCGACGCGCGGGGCUACGUCGCGCCCGCGGUCGCCCCAGCGCCGAAGCCGCUCGAGCAGCGGCUGCAGUCGGCCACGGCGAAGCGGAUCAACCUCCAGCGCCAGCUCGACGAGGCGGCGGACGCGCUCGUGGCGGCGGAGGACCACCUCGCUGAGUGCCGCGGCUGGCGCGACGAGGCUGCGGUCAACCUCACGGAGGCCAAGGAGGAGGAGAACGCCCUCCUGCGCCAGCGAGCCCAGGCGGCUGGCGUCGUGGGCGCCCAGCCCGACGGCGCGAGGCAGCUCACCUUCAACUUCGACGCGGAGUCGUUCGACAACUCCGCGGAGCUGGAGGAGGAGGCGCAGGCCACCCUCAGGCGCCUCUGCGAUGAGGGGCUCCAGAUCAUGCAGGGCGCGCAGGCUACGUUCGAGCGCAACUGCCAGGAGCACCAGCAGCGCAUCAAGCGCCAGAUCGAGGAGGAGGCGGCCAAGAAGCGCAAGCGCACCGAGGCGGCGGCGGCGCCGAGCGGCGGCCUGCACGCCUACCUGGCGGCCAACGAGGAGGCCGACGCCUGGGAAGGGCUUCCCUUCAGAGUGCCGCUGCUGCGCCAGGACCGGCGCCUCGACGACGCGCGCCACGACACCAAGUUCGAGGCCAAGCCCCUCCAGCUGGCCAAGCUGAUCAGGCCUGCGGGAGCGAAGCGAGCCAGCUUCGUCACGCUGAACGGCUCGACCUGGUCAGAGACGCAGGUGGAGCUGGAGCGGAUCCAGGAGUUCUUCGAGGCCGCGGAGCUCCACCUGAUCGACCAGUUCGGCAUCUCCGAGGGUGAGAGGGCUGCCUGGCCCGCGCCCGUGACGCGGCGCGCUACGCCGCCGGAGUCGGGCAUGCGGGACUCCUGGCCCAUCAGCUCGCUGGAGCUGGUCGACCUCACCCCCUACAUGGCGGCGGAGCUCGACGGCGAGGCCGACUUCCUGCACGCCGCCGCGGCGGAGCCCGCCCCUGGGACAGGUGGAUUCAGCCCACCGAAGUCGCAGUCCCAGGGGCGCGGCGAGUUCGGGAAGUUGCACGACGCGGAGGUGAUGGGCAGGUACGGCGUCACCUUCGACCAGGCCCAGGCGGAGAGGCUCCUCGCCCGCCGCGCGGACGUGGCCGCGCUCCAGGCCCAGGCCGACAGCCAGAGCAGCCGGCAGGUUUGCGGAGCUCGGUCACCACCAUGGCUGGUCUCGCCGCCCGUGACCAGGGCGUACCUGGUGCACGUGCCGCGCGCGGCCUGCGAGGGCCAGGCCACCUGGGUGCCGCUGCUGCUGUGCCUGCCCGGCUCCGGGGCCUCAGCGCAGGGGCACUGCGGCCCGCUCCUCGAGCGCGGCUUCGCCGCCCUGGCGCUGGAGGGCUUCGCGCCGCCCGGCGAGGAAGGCUGGCCCUGGCCGCGCGCGCACCAGAGCUUGCACGGCGGCGCCUGCUGCGGCGCGGCGCGCGAGCUCAACCUCGACGCCACGGGCUGGCUGCUGGCGCCGCUGGUCGUGUGCGGCAGCGGCAACGGCGGCAUCUACGCCUCGUCAUUGGCGGGCCCGCUGGCGGCGCAUCGCGGGGCCCCAGCGGCGUUGCCGCGUAACGCCGGCCACGCCUACGAGUUCGCGUCGCGGCCGGAGCCGCCGCCCAGGCCCGUGAUGCUGUGCUGGGACGCCGCCGACCCGUCCGUGCGCUUCGGGGGCUGCUGCGCCGCGUCCGCGGCGGCCGGGCAGGGCUGCCGCUGCGGCAUCGCCUCGCCCGGGUGCGUGGGCGUGGCGGAGAUCUUCGUCGAGUGGCGCAGGCGCAACGGCCGGCGGGGCGAGCGCGCUGGCCAUGCUCUCGACUGGGGGGGUCUGCGGCGCGGCCUGCCGCAGCGGCGCCGCGUGCAGCUACAACGCUACGCUGUGCGUGUACCACGGCGCCAGCCUCUGCACGGCAAGACCGCCGACCGCCCUUUGCAGUUCAGCUCCAGCGCGCGGCCCGAGGCGGCCGACGCAGAGAGCCGUGGCGACGAGAAGCCCUCCGAGGGCUCGGACGUCGAGGCUCGAAGCACAGCGCGAAGCUGCGAGCUCCGGGCCUCGAGCCUCGAGUCGGGGAGCCUCGGCGAGCCCGCCAUGGAUUUCGGCAUCGACAGGGUGCAGGUGCACUGCACCAACAUCGCCGUCUCGAAGAGCUCCUGCAACCGCGUGGAGCUGGUGGCGCUGGAGCUGGAGCUGCCGCAGACGCUCCUCUUCGUGCACCAGGUCACGCUCUCCUUCAGCAUUGCUGCGCUGCUGCCUCACAUCGAGGCGAUCGGCGUCGACGCUGCGCGGCCCGUGGGCAACGUGGCGGAGCAGGCGGCGGUGCGCGGGCGAUCCGGGAGCGGCGAGGCGGCGCCGCAGGAGCAGCUGCGGCCGCUGGUGCUCGUGCCCCGCGCAGGCGGUUCCAGCGGCACCGCGCUGGCCGCCGGCGUCUACGGGGUGUGCCGAGGCCCGCUGCGCCUGACGCUGCGGUGCACGGCCACCGCCGACCCCGGCGAGUUGGUGCAGGCUGCCCUGGCGGAGCUGCCCUCCCCGCCCGGGGAGCCCGGGCCGGCGCCGCCGGCCCUGGAGCGUGCGAAUACGUCUGUGUUCAGCUUCUUGCUGAGGCACACCCUGAGCGUGGUCCGCGUGGACGCGUUGUCGCUGGUGCGGGCAUCGAUCACCGCGGCGCACCUGAUCCCCUUGCUGAACGCCGCGCAGCAUCUCCGCGCUGGUGGAGCGGCCCACCAGGCCGAGGCCUCCGAGGCCGACCUGCUCGCGGGACUGGCCCUCAUGCGCUGCCGCAAGUUCGUGCAGUGCCGGGAGCUGUGGCAGCGGCGGGCCCACUUCCUGCUGGAGACGGCCGGCAUAGGUCUGGCCGAGGAGCCCCCCGCGGAGGGAGCGCCCGACGGCGGGUCCUGCUUCCUGGGGGCCGCCGGCGGCGCCGCGUCGCUCGGCUGCGGUUUGUCCAUCAGUCCGUUCGCCCACCGCAUCAGCGCCAGCCGCGACCUCGGCGUGCAGAAGGCGAUCUUCCUGCAGGUGCUCAUCGCGGACUGCAUGAUAGAGCACAGCGGCGGCCCGCUCCGCGACCAGAACCUCAGCGCCGUCCUCACCGCCCUCCACCUGGCGACGCAGCUGCACCUGGUUGACCUGCAGGCCUCCCCCCGCCCGCGGAUGCACGCCCUCGGCGCGCCGCACGACGCGCAGACGGUGCUGUCGUCGCUGCAGCCGCACGUGGUGCACGUGCUUUGCGCAGUCGUCAGCGAGACGCUGAAGACAGAGAUGGUGACGCAGUGGUGCCAGGUGGCCGCGUCCGCGCUGCGCUGCCUGGACUUCGUGGUGCACACCUCGAUCAGCUGCGCCUUCGAGCCCCUCGUCAUCGACACGAUCGUACAGUGUUUCAACAGCUGCGACACGAGGACGACCACACCCACAGUGGAUCUCGAGGGCGCGCGCGGGGAGCCAGACCUGCCGCUGGACGCCUCGCAGGCGCCCGCCCAGGCGGGCUUCCCGGGGGUCGCCUGGCGAGAGGACGGCAAGGAGGACCUCCGGGCGGCCCUGCACCACCUGGUGGAGACCUGCCACGACGUGCUCCCCAGCGUCUCGAUAGGCGUCCUGCUGCAGGCGGCGCGGCGUCUCAUCGAGCGCAUCUUGGGUUCGCAGAGCCAGAGGAACUGGCCCUCGCUGCACAUCCACCUCCUCAGGCUCCUCAUGCGCAUCGUCGUGAUCGCGUCUGGCGAUGUCGCGCCGUCGCUCAUCUCGGGGCUCGGGGCGCACAUCCCCUUCGGCACCUCCGAGGGCACCCUCCCCUUCCUCGACUACCUGCUGUGGCUGCUGUCCGCGGCGCCGGCCGAGGAGCGAGUGGGCUGCGUCCCGUACAGCCCGUCGGGCGCGACGAUGCACGAGGCCUCCGGGGGCCUCGGCAUGCCCUACGUGGGGCAGCGCUGCUGGGGCAUCCUGCGGACCCACUUGGCCCCGUUCAUGCCCCGCCGCGACCUGCAGCUGUUCAUCCGCUGGCUGGCCUGCAGCCUGUCGGACAGCAGGUCCAGCUACCCGGCCGCCCAGUCCCUCCUCCUGGCCAUCGUCGCGGACUUGGCGCGCGCCGGGCUGCGGUCCAAGGCGCAGGGCGCGCCGGAGUGCGAGGCCUCGGCGCCGCGCUGGCUGGGCCCCGACCCCUUCGACGACCCCCCCGCGCUGCGGGUGCACCGCGCCGCCACCACGGUGUGCGGGGCAGACCUGCAGCCGCUG